CUGGUUGUCUUAGCCACAAGUUACAAGUAUUUUACUAUUUAUUUAUUAAAUCAUUCACUACAGUUGAUGAAGUUCAAAAUACAACGCAAACAAAAUACAAGUGGGUGAAGUAUAGCCUGGUAAUUGAAACAGGUAUAACAAUGAAUGUUAUGCUCAUUGGUAGAAGUUAUGGCAAAUCUUCCUGUAAAAGUACUUUGAUGGCAGGAGUUGUACCAUCUCAUUGCAAGGAUUCUAUACUUGGAUAUGAGCUUAAAGAUAGAGAUUUUAUUAAUGUAUUUGAGGCGCCAUCUGUUGAAGACAUUUGUAUUUUUGAAGAAAUGAUCAGAUUUCAUAAUUACACAAAAGAAGUUAUGAAUAGAAUUGGAGUAUGUAUUAAUGCUUUCUUAAUUGUGCUAAGGUAUGGUUUAAGAUACACCAAGCAGGAUCAUGACUUACUUACACAUUUAAAUGAAUAUUUUGGACAUGAUUUCUUAAGAAAAUAUUGUAUUGUUUUGUUUACACACGGUGAUAUUUUCAGUGAUGAUUAUAAAUUGUGUACAUUUCAAGAAUGGUGUGAUUGGCAAGAUGGCUACCUGGAACUUUUGUAUAAGGCUUGCAACAAACGGUUUAUGUUGAUGUGUAAUAAAGGUGAAGACAUUACAAAACAGCAAUGUCGUAAUAACGUGUUGGCAUUGGUGAAUCAAUUAAGUUUUAAACAAGAACCGUUCACAUUGGAAAAUUUUAGAAACAACAAACCAGUUCGUGAAAGGCUGUUACUCUCCCUACCAUCAACAUCUAAAGUACAAGUCAUUGCAGUGAUUUUUGCUGGCUUUUGUCAAGAAGUAGAAGACAUGUUAGAGGCAGAUAACAUAGACAUCGCUGAUAGACUACAACACAGAGCUCGCUAUCUGAAGGAUAGGUUAACUGAAGAAAUAUCUCAGUUCAAGAGGGCGUUUGAAAAACCGAAGCUUGAGAUGGAGAAAAACAUGACCGAUCUAUAUAACGUUGAUUAUAGUCUUCAUGUUGUGGGGGAUAUAAUCAGCCGCUGUCAGUUAAAUAAAAUGUCAUUUAUAUUUGCAAAAAAUAUUGUAACAGCAUUUCGUAAAGAAUUUGAAAUCUAAAAGAAUACUUUAAAGAAUAAUAAUCUCAAUUAUUUUUGUUAUUGUAUAAUAAAACUUUAGUCAGUAGGCCUGUACAAUUUUGAUACAUAAUGUAAAAAAUGAAAAUUAGUUAUUGUUAUUAAGGUAAGAUGAAAUAGAUCUUUUAUUUUCAACAUGUGUACAAUUAUUUUCAAUGUAAUAUUACUUUUGUUUUCACAAUAUGUCAACCUUCAGUGUAACAUUAUUAUUUCCAACAUUUAUUGACUUUCAGUGUAACUUAACUAUUUUCAAAAUAAUAUUACU